AAAUCAUCGUCAGAUGAUGGGAGAUAGGUUUGCUCUCCACACAGACAUUUUACCUGCAUGUAACUAAAGCCCAUCAAACUGAAAGCCAUCAGAAAAACAUUUCUGUUACUGUGAAAUAUCUUAGACAUGUUACACAUACAUCACAGGUAGACUUAUUGUUGUAAUAAACACUUUAUGUGACCUUAUUUUAUUCUCCAGAUCAUUGAAGUUGUGUCUGCAUCCAGAAAGUAGAGAAGUCACCAAACAUGGCUUCUACAGGACAGUCGGCCUUAGGUCACGUCAGGAAUGCCAGAAAGUACCUUGUGGGAAAAUUAAAGAAUCUCUCAGUGAUUCUGGACAACUUGAACCAGGAGAACUCAAAGCAGCAAAGAGUUUUAAUUGAUGCAGCGGUCAGAGAAAUACAGGCAAAGACAAAUGAUGACGAUAAAAUCAGAGACAUAGUGGACAGAGUCAUCAAACAGGGGGAAGCUGCCUGCUACGAGUUCCUCAGGGUCAUUUACUUGACCAGAAAGAGGACCUUAGAUGUUGACCUGCACCACUGGAUCAUCAGCUUUCCUUUCAGUGAAGACACACAGAUGGAUAUAAACCACUUACAAGGCUCAACACCAUGCCACAGAUAUCAGGCAAAGCUAAAGUUAAAAGCAAGAAAAAUAUCAAAUAACUUUUGGAUGGCAAACAGAAAUCUGUUUAAAGAAAACAACAAGCCUGAUCUGCCCUACAUGACACUUGUAUUAGACACACAAGGAAGUGUUUCUCCAUCUAAAACCAAGAAAUUGAAGUGCAAGAAAAGCAAGCUGAGUCGCCGCAAAAAGCUAAAGAAAUACAUCCCAGAGGUCAAAGCAGAAACUUCCCCCAGUGACCUGCUGAAAAGAAAUGGAAACAUACUCUUGGUUGGUAAGCCUGGAAUCGGUAAAACAGCACUUGCUCAUGAAAUGUUAAAACUCUGGGCAGAAAGACAGAACAAGGAGCUUGAUUACAUGUUUUACUUCGACAUGAGAGAAACAGCCCACAUCAGAGAUGACUCGAGCUUGGAGGAUCUUCUCUUCAGUGUGUUCAGUGAACCGGAUGAAAGCAAAGAAGAAGUCUUACAGGACAUAAAGAGUAACUCUGACAAUGUUACACUCAUUUUUGAUGGAAUCACAGAUCUGUCUUCAUCAGUGGUGAAGAGACUUGUUGAGAAGGACCUGCUACCUGAUGCCAAGAUCAUUGUGACAUGUAGACCAGAUGAUGAAGACGAGUUCUCUUCUGAGGACUUUCUCAGAGUGGAAGUAAAAGGCUUCAGUGAGCAGACCAUAAAAACAUACCUCUCUGCAAUGCUCGGAGAAGAACAGGAGAAGGUUUUGAGGAACGUGGAGUUGUUAACUCUUUGUCACGUCCCAAUGUAUGCACUGAUGGUGGCUGCCUGCUUUUCAUACGAGACACCAGAAGACUCUCCACAGCCAUGUACCAUGACUGAGAUCUACAUCAGCAUUGUUCGUCAUUGCCUCCAAAUAAACAGCAACAACACAAAAAAGAAACAUCUCAAUUCCUUCAUCAAAACAAAGGGGAAGGCAUUACUGUCUUUGGCUGAGGUUGCUUUUCAUGCAACUGAAGGUAAAAGUGUGAACCUGACAGAAUGUCCCUGUGAAGACAGCUGUGUCCUUUCCUUCCUGAAACCACUUUUUGUCGAAGUUGGCCCGACUGAGACGAUAACCACAUCCGCGUUCCUCCACUACACUAUGCAGGAGUUUUUUGCAGCAGUGUGGCUCGUGAAGAAUCCAGAUAAGAUCAAGGAUGUUUUUCAGCAGUGCCUCACUGAGGAGAAGAAACACAUGAAACAUCUGAUCCCUUUCAUGUGUCGACUGUUGAAUGAGAAGAGCCCGAGUUUGAUGAAGUGUCUGAUUCCAGCCGAAAAGCUCAAGAAUACUUCCAACUGGUUCUUUGAGGAGAUGAUAAGCACACUUUCCCCUCAUCUGUGUAAGAAAGAUGACGCUGAUCCUGAGGACAGUGAGCUUGAUGUGGACAUUCUGUUCCUAUGCCAGUGCUUGUAUGAGUCCCAGUGUCCUGAAGCAUGCCUCGACCUUCUGCACAAACUGGACUACCAUCUGGAUCUCAGUGGAGAGAGUCUCGACCCUUACCCUUGCUGUGCUGUGGCUUAUGUGGUCACUCGGUUAAAGGAGAGGAAAAUACAUCUGAACCUUGAGGACGUAAUGGUAUCAGAACAAGGAAUGAGACGACUAUUUGGAUGCCUUAAAAAUGCCCAAUGGAGUGGCCCUCUGCCACGGCAGCUGUGGGAGAUCUUCCUUCUCAAUGAAGGCCAGAUGAGACACCUCAGCUUACCUGGCCUUGAUGAAAAUGAGUUGCACCUUCCAGUUGAGGGUAAAAGACAUCUGUUUGAAAGAGCAGCAACAUUCAUGCAGAAGAGAACGACAAAGGUUAAUGUCUGCCUCCACUGGGAAAGGAAAACUCCAGUCUGCCAGAGUCUGUGCAGGUUCUUCUUUGAGGCUUUGCCACACAUCCGCUCACUCAGCUUCAGGAUGCCCUGCAGAGGUUCAGGACUACAGGACCAGCAGCAAUGCCUUGGGACACUGCAGAGGGAAGAAAGGCAGCUGCUGCUGGAUUUAUGCCUGAAAGCAGCACUUUACAAAGAAGAAAACUUUCAUGAUGUAGUGAUUAACCUCCUCUCAUUGUUUUCUGUUAACACUGAGCUGCAUAACAUCCUUCUUGAUUUUUAUCAACAUGUCAAGAAGGAAGAUUUUCCAGGUGUCAUUCCAAAACUAAGGCCACUGUUCCAGUCAGCUCCUGCAGUCUGGACCAUAAACCUCUCAGAGAGAAAGACCUCCAUCCUCCUGGAAGUGCUGAAACUCCAACCACAGAAGAAACAAGUGGAGCUGAGAGGCUUCUCAGAUGAAGAGAGUGAAGUGAGGAGUUUCCUACAGUGUCUGCCUUAUAUCUCACAGCUCAGUUUUGUGCCUCAGUCAUCAGAACCUUCAGAAGAAAUCAAGUUCUUUGGGAAUCUGUUUUGUGCAGCAGCAGAGAGAGAACAGCAGACAGGAGAGAAGAUACUGCAGCUGUUAUCAUCACUGUGCAGAUAUAAAAGAAAACCUCUAAAAGAUGUCAGGUGUGAUUUCCUGCUGGAUCUGUUCUCCCACCUGAAGGACUAUGAGACUAAAACAGGCCUGAGUGUCCUUCCAUCAUUACAGUCAGUUUUCCAGUCAGCUCCUGCAGUCUGGACCAUAAACCUCUCAGAGAGAAAGACCUCCAUCCUCCUGGAAGUGCUGAAACUCCAACCAGAGAAGAAACAAGUGAAGCUGAGAGGCUUCUCAGAUGAAGAGAGUGAAGUGAGGAGUUUCCUACAGUGUCUGCCUUAUAUCUCACAGCUCAGUUUUGUGCCUCAGUCAUCAGAACCUUCAGAAGAAAUCAAGUUCUUUGGGAAUCUGUUUUGUGCAGCAGCAGAGAGAGAACAGCAGACAGGAGAGAAGAUACUGGAGCUGUUAUCAUCACUGUGCAGAUACAAAAGAGAACCUCUAAAAGAUGUCAGGUGUGAUUUCCUGCUGGAUCUGUUCUCCCACCUGAAGGACUAUGAGACUAAAACAGGCCUGAGUGUCCUUCCAUCAUUACAGUCAGUUUUCCAGUCAGCUCCUGCAGUCUGGACCAUAAACCUCUCAGAGAGAAAGACCUCCAUCCUCCUGGAAGUGCUGAAACUCCAACCAGAGAAGAAACAAGUGGAGCUGAGAGGCUUCUCAGAUGAAGAGAGUGAAGUGAGGAGUUUCCUACAGUGUCUGCCUUAUAUCUCACAGCUCAGACGCUCAGGUGAAACAAAGUUCUUUGGGAAUAUGUUGUGUGCAGCAGCAGAGAGAGAACAGCAGACAGGAGAGAAGAUACUGGAGCUGUUAUCAUCACUGUGCAGAUAUGAAACAUUCCCUUUUCAUCGCCUGGGUUAUUAUGAUGAUGAUCAGCAAUAUCAGAGUGGUUUCCUGCUGGAUCUGUUCUCCCACCUGAAGGACUAUGAGACUAAAACAGGCCUGAGCGUCCUUCCAUCAUUACAGUCAGUUUUCCAGUCAGCUCCUGCAGUCUGGACCAUAAACCUCUCAGAGAGAAAGACCUCCAUCCUCCUGGAAGUGCUGAAACUCCAACCACAGAAGAAACAAGUGGAGCUGAGAGGCUUCUCAGAUGAAGAGAGUGAAGUGAGGAGUUUCCUACAGUGUCUGCCUUAUAUCUCACAGCUCAGUUCAUCUCCCUCCUUCAGCUCAGGUGAAGCAAAGUUCUUUGGGAAUCUGUUCUGUGCAGCAGCAGAGAGAGAACAGCAGACAGGAGAGAAGAUACUGGAGCUGUUAUCAUCACUGUGCAGAUAUGAAGCAUUCCCUUUUCAUCACCUGGAUGAUGAUGAUGAUGAAUAUUAUCAGAGUGAUUUCCUGCUGGAUCUGUUCUCCCACCUGAAGGACUAUGAGACUAAAACAGGCCUGAGUGUCCUUCCAUCAUUACAGUCAGUUUUCCAGUCAGCUCCUGCAGUCUGGAUCAUAAACCUCUCAGAGAGAAAGACCUCCAUCCUCCUGGAAGUGCUGAAACUCCAAACAGAGAAGAAACAAGUGGAGCUGAUAGACUUCUCAGAUGAAGAGAGUGAAGUGAGGAGUUUCCUACAGUGUCUGCCUUAUAUCUCACAGCUCAGCUGUGAUCCAGAGUUCUUCCAGAGUGUCUGCUCAUGCAUCUCUGUCAGAUCCAGAGAAGAGGCUGAGCAGUUGGUCUCUCUGCUGCAGCUGCUGGGGUUCACCCUGCUGUUAACAGGAGGGUUAAGCACCAGAUGCUGCCGGUCGGUGGGGACAGUUCUCGGACUCUGUGGCUCUGAUGUGGAUCUCAUCCUCAAACCAGGAGAGAUGUCUGUCGAAGAAGCCUCCCUCCUCUUUAGUUCUACAGUACAACUGCACAGUCUGACGCUUUCCCAUGACAGCGCCUUGCUACUGUGUGGAUGGGUAAAAAAAGGGAGAGUGGCCUGUUCAGUGACUAUUGAAGAGCUUUCUCUCUCCCCUCAGACAGCCCGUCCAUCUGAGAAAGUGUCGUUGAAGGUUGACAGUGGUUUGGCGUCCCUGCUGAGAUACUGGAAAAUCAGACGGUUAAACCUGACUGAGUUCUGUGUUCCUGCUCUGAGUCUCAUUCCACUGCUGCUUCAUGAUGGCUCUCUAACAAUCAGACUGAGUGAGGACACUGUCCAGCAGUUCCUCUUCCUCCUCCAUGAAAACCAGGACGGGGACUUGACUCGGUCCUUCUUGAUCAAGGUUGGUGGAGACCUGAGCUCCUGCUGUCUGAACUGGGAGCUUCUUCACUUUCUGCUGCAGCAGUCGUCAGCUCAGACCAUCACUGUGAACCUGAAGAAGAACAGCUUCUUACAGGAGAGCAUCACACGUCUGCUUCCCUUCCUGGACAGGGUUGUGUUGAAAAGGCUCAGUCCCAGCUUUGUGUUGACUGCCGUCAGAGAGAUCUAUCAUGCUGGUGCCAGUCCCAGUAUACCCAGUUUACUGAGGUCACUGAAUCAUGUGAUCAGCCUGACCUGCAGAGAGAUGGACUCUGUGGACUGUGCUGCUCUGAUCUUCACCCUCAGACACAGUGACAAAGUUAAACUGAACCUCAUGUGGACGUCCAUACCAGCAGGGGAAGUAAAGUCCAUCAUCUUGAUGCUGGACAAAGUUUCUCAACUGAGUGUUGACAGGAAGCUGCUGCUGAGGUUGGUCCACUGUUGUGCUUCCUCUGACGUCCAGCAGGAGGCAGCGGUCGUCCUGCUCAGGUCUCUGCAGCACACACUGGAUCUGUCCUGCUCCUCCUGUGUGGAGCUGUUAGACCAGGAUCAGAGUGACACUCUCAGUCUGACUGCUGAUGACUGCAGGGCCGUCUCCACCAUCCUGAGACACAGCAGCAGCCGGGACACACAGCUCAUCCUGCAGGACUGUGAGGUGGAGGACAGUGGACUGGACCUGCUGUUUUCUGUCCUAGACAGAGUCUGCCUCAGAGCCAGUAAAGCUGUCCUCCUCCAGCUGGUGUCUCUGGUCCCUGUGAACAGUGAGAGGGACUCGGUGAGACGGGCAGAGUCCCUCUGUAGAGCUCUGAAAGCAGAGCUGGACCUCAGUCACAGCUCCCUGGAUCAGAGGACCUGUGAAGCCUUGGCCCUGAUGCUGGACUUCUGUGCAGAGCUGACAGAGCUGGACCUCAGUCACUGUCAGCUCACAGACCAGCAGCUGCUCUCACUCUGCUCACAGCUGCACAAAGUACAAGUCCUGGAUCUGAGUCACAACAACAUCACUGAUGCUUCGACUGAUAUGUUACUCCAACUGGUCUCCAUCAACCCCGACAUUCAAACUGUGCGACUCUUCAGAAACAACAUUGUGGACAGAAGCUCCUUUCAGAAAGACAAGCGGUUUGAAAUCUGGUGAACCAGUCGUCAGUGGGAUGCUAUUAACUGUUUCAAGUCUAAUGAUCUUUGGAAGAAAGUAUUACCUGUGGUACCUUGAUUUUUUUUUAUUUAGGCAAAACAAAUAGAAGCCAACACUGUUACCUCAGUGACAACUGUUUUUUUUAAUAUUGUGAUAACAAUUUUUUGGGAUGAAUGUUUAGCUAUAAUGAACAAGGCAAAAAAAAGCAUGUUCAAUAAGUUGAGAUGACAGAAAACUAUCUAAAGAGAA